AGAAGCCGCUCCUCGCUGCAGGAGGGAAGACCCGGAGCCCGGCCUCCCUCGGUAGCGGCACAUAUAAACCCACAGCCGCUGUGCAGAAGGAGAAGGGCAGCGCAAAAGGCUGAGGAGGAGGGAGGAAAAGUGUCCUGGCGAGCACCGUGUGGAUUCUCUGGGGAUGAGAAGGCAGUUCCCAGCUACAUCCCUCCUUCUACUGCCCCUGCUUCUCCAGAUGUGUUCAGAACGGGCAGGGGAGUUAAUUUUGGUGAGAAGGAUGCAAAGGCUCCCAGGGCCUGGAGAGACGGAGUCACGGGCCCUGGAGAAGAAACCUCUUGGGACUCAGGCAGGCCCAAUCCUGAGAGAAGGUACGGAAUAGGACUAAGCCAAAGCAUUUCCACUAAGUACCCAGAGACCAGCCCUAAAGACUCAAGAACAAGAGAAAAUUAUAUAACUGCAGAUGGAAGGACCGCUAAGGACCACAUCACUGCAGACCCAGGGACCACUGAGGACUCUGUCACUGCAGACCCAUGGACCACCAAGGACUCUGUCACUGCAGACCCAGGGACCACCGAGGACCACAUCACUGCAGACCCAGGGACCACCGAGGACCACGUCACUGCAGACCCAUGGACCACCGAGGACUCCAUCACUGCAGACCCAGGGACCACCGAGGACUCCAUCAUUGCAGACCCAGGGACCAGAGGACUCUGUCACUGCAGACCCAUGAACCGCUGAGGACUCCGUCACUGCAGACCCAUGGACCACCGAGGACCACGUCACUGCAGACCCAGGGACCAUCGAGGACUCUGUCACUGCAGACCCAGGGACCACCGAGGACUCCGUCACUGAAGACUGAGGGACCACUGAGGACUCU